AAAUUCUUGUGAAAGUUGAGAAAUCAAAUUUUCUAAAGUAUCUAUUCCAUAUUCCAUAGGUUUGCGAAAACUAACGAUACCCAUAACAAAAACAAAAUAAAGAAAAACAAAACCCUAGCCAAUCGGAGCUCGGCCGGAAGUGAGCAAUAGUCUGCAGGCUGAAAGUGAGCUCCGGCGACGGCGGAAGAAGAGGCGGCAAAUCGGAGCGCAGAAUUUUACCUACCGUCAAAGCUUUAUUGUAUUGUAUAUAUCAUCAUUCCGCCAUUUUAGGUGCGGAAACACGGAGCUUCCAAUUCUUUUGCUCUACAUGGGCUAAUGGACACCACAACAACCACACUCUGCCUCUUCCUUCCAUAUCCAUUCAUUUCCCCUCGCCAUAACCUCCACUUCAACCGCCGUUUCUCCUCGCCGGACGCCCGACCACUCUUCACCCCUCUCUCCUGCUUCAAACCACGCCGUCGUACUCGUCGGAAAAACAGCCUCACCAAGCUCCGCACCACCACCCACCAUCCCUUCGACUCCUCAUCUUCUUCCUCUGAUUCGAACCUCCAAACUGUAAUUGAACUCGACCAAGUCGCCGCCGAAGCCUCCUCUCUUUUCUACUCCGUUUACUACACUUCUCGCUCCCACCUUCGCGAGUUUCUGUCAUCGGGAUUGGAUGCUUUCGAUGAUUUGCGGACAUUGAUUGCCUUUGAUGAUCAGAAUCGCACGCUGACCGUCUCUUGUCGUCGUUCCACUGUGGAAUUCGUUGGUCAAUUGGUGCUGUUGAGCUUUGUUGUGGUCUUUGUAGUUAAGGUUUUAUUUGGGAUUGUAUCUCGUUUAGGUAACAAAUUUAGUUCUGGGUAUACGGCCCCUGUGGUGAGAAGGGACCGGAGCCUUGGUGGACGAGAGGUUGUUGUUGGGACUAGGAGGAGUGUUGUAGCGCGAGAUAAAGGUAUGGGGAAGAAGAACAAUCUUUUAGGGUUAUUGGACAGUCCCGUGCUAGCGGACACAAUGGCUCUGACUGAUAUUUCAAGUGAAGUUUCGAAGAAUGGGGUUUGGGUUGGAGAAAGGUUGCCAAAAUGGUGGCCUCCGGCAGUCCCCCGACGGAAUGCUACGGCGAAUAGGCAAGAGUAUCAGAUAGAAGCUAACAGAUUAGUCCGAGCCCUUGUGGACAAUAGAAUGAGUGGGCGGGAUUUCAUGGAGGACGAUAUUGUUCAAUUGCGUGAAAUAUGCAGGAAAUCUGGAGUAAAAGUUUCCUUCAACACAGAAAAUAUGCGUGAUUCAUUUUAUCGAGCAUCUGUGGACUUUGUUUUAAAUAUCUAUAGCAGGACUCCCAUUUACCCACACUUAAUUCUUAUUAAUGGUGAGGAUGGUCCAAAUUUUGUUGCUGGGCUUGCUGAGGACAUUGGCAUUGAGAAUGUUCGUGCUGCCAGGAUAGUUUCUGCUGCUGUCGCUGCUAGAAUGCGUUCGUACUUCUUACAGGCCUGGGCUCUAGUGAUGCAAGACAGACAUUCAGAAGCAAAUGCGGAGUUGUUGAAGAUCUGUCACAUUAUCCAGAUAUUCCCUCCUGAGGAGUCCUCGCCUGAGAUGGAGAUGUUGACUCUAGGCUUGAAGAAACACUUGAAGGUAGAACAGAGAGAAUCAUUAAUGAAUAUGUUUAUUGGUGUUUGUGGUAAAGAUAGUCAUAGCACCGCUGCGGAAGCUCUUGGUUUGGUACACGGGGCAUGAAUCUCAAAUUUGCUACUUCUCAAAUUAAAAAAUAAAAUGAAAUAAAGCCACAUGGAAGUUUCUGUUGAAGGAUUUCCAGCUGAAUGGAGAAAACCCAAAGACGACUAGAUCCAAAUACUAGUUCUUGAAUAGGGUCUUUAUUAUUUCAGAAACUGCAGCUUGGGGAGUUGAUCAAACUUUGGAACUGAAUUUCUACGUUUGCAAGUAAUUGGAAAAAAGAUGAUUGCUUAGAUUGCCACAAUGCUCCCCCAAGGACAAAAAGAUUCAAAAAUUUUAUUCCAGCCAAAAACCAAACAAAAACUAAUAUUGGCUUUGACCAAAAGGAAUUGGGCUUAUACAUAAAUCUCCAAACCCAUUGACAAUGUGGAUCAUAAUUCUAAACUUCAAAGGUCCAAAUCCUAUUUGUCUAUCCCUUAGAAAUUUUCAAGGCUAAAUGGGAUCUAACCAAAGUUUUCGAGCCCCUCUCUUUGCUUGUUCAUUCUGUUUCUGAAAUGAAGGGAUAAAUUUCUCGCAUCUGGAGACUACAAACUUCAAUGAGAAAUGCAAAAUUGGUAUGUACAGAAUGUUUUACUAAAAGGAAGAGUUUCAGAACUAGAGUAAGGAACAUCCCGUUUAGAAGGAGACCCCUUUUCACUAUCCUGAAAAAUUCAUCCAAAAGCUUCUACAUUUGAAUUGUCAAGUACACCGUCUAAGAUUCUAAGUUGUAAUGCUCAGCCUAAUUAUAAUAACUUUUUUUUAAAUUACUUUUUUUUUAUUUGUAAGAAAUAGAGAUGUAUAUUCAUCUAAGUCAUCAAGUACAUCUAAAAUCCUUCAGAGAUGUGCUGCUCGUGCACUUUUUUGCUGUCUUUGAAAAGAAAGGAAUGAAAGAUGUUUGAAGAUAAAUUUGAUUAUUUCUUCUUGAGCUUUUAGCAUACAACUCAUUGGUGGUGCACGAAAUUAUAUCAAAUUGUUUCAUAGUUAUAGCCUUCAUAUGAUUAUUAACAAUCGGAGAGCUCUUUUUUCUUUUUCUCUUCGUUUUUUAAAUAUUAUUGGAGGGGGUUUCCUCUACCCUAUCUUUAGGUUGUUCUUUUGGCUCUUUUGAUGAAUAUACAUCUCUAUUUCUUAUUUAAAAAGAGAAAAAAAAAAAAAAGAAAGAAAGAAAGAAAAAAAGAAAGAAAAAAAGAAAGAAAGAAAGAAAGAAAGAAAGAAAGAAAAGUGAAACUAUUAUACUCAGGCUGCAAACCAGAUUCACAUAGCUCAGACUUCCGUCUCCACAUCAUGAUCCAUACAUGGAAGAGUAGGAGGCCUCGGGACAGAAGGGUUUUUCGUUGAAUAGGGAACUCCUUUUGUUUAAGGUCUUCUUUGAACCAUCGGGAGGAAAUUCAUUAGGACAGCUAUGGUUGAAAGAGAGGUUGUUAUGUCUCAAAAAAUUUGGUGGCGUUAUGGCUGUAUGUUUUUCUAAGAAAAUAAUUCUUCUAUUGCAUCUGAAUUAUGAGAAGAGUUCUUAUCCUCGGUUCCCUUUUUUCACCAUUAGAAUAAUGGACAGGCUUCAUUAAAACGGAUUUUAACUUCUUGGAUGCAUUGAGAACUUAUUGAAACGAAAGCAAAGGAUUCACAGGGGGUUGUCUUGGACCAGGAAGUACUUCUUGGUUGAUGCAAGGAGCAUCAACUACCCGAGUUAUAAUUGGAGAGGUCAUUUAAGGGUAUCUUGUGAUUAAUUAACCAUUGGAUGGGUUUUUUCUUAUAUGGUGAUACCAAUCUGUAGUGCAUUUGGGAGGAGUCCAUGUAGGAUUAUUUUGGUUAAAGUGAUCAUUUUCGUUCCUUUAACUUAGUGCAUUUGGGAAGAGUUCAUGUGUCUUAGUUCUACAAUUUUGGUAGCUUUAAGGUAAUGAGUAACAAUUGCUUUGUCCACUAAGUUAAGUUAUGUGCCUAAAUGCUUUAAUUAGUUACUGUUACUGUUACAUGCUAAUAUUACUUCAAUGUACAAAAUGGAACUCAAACGGUCACGUGUGUGUGCUCCUAUCCUUGUGGUCGAAGGUUCAAAUUGUCAUACUCUUAAAAAGAAUUAUUAUCUAUAUUCGUUGUGUUUAACUGUUAGUUUA